AUGCUAUUUCUUUUACCCUUGUUAUCUAUUAAAAGCACCUCAGUAACACAUUUUUAUUCCCCCGGAACCUCCAUCUACUUUUCCGAUUCAAUCAAUCAGGCGCCCACUUUGUGCGAUUUGAUCGCGCUCAAUCUGCUCCCGACCAGAAGUAUUUAUCAGAAAGCGAAAGUCGAAGUGAUCGCGGAAGAACAAGCCGAAUUGGCCGCACGUCGAGCCAGUCGUGUGCCGAGGCGAGCAAGUAAAGCGAACGGUGACGAGCACGAACAAGACGGUAAAGAGGCGGAGCGGAAGAAGAACAAAAGGAAAACAAAAAACAAAUCGAACAGUGAGUUGCAUCCCACGCAAGUUGAUGAUCACCCCGGACCACAACAGAAUGAACCACAGAUGACCCGAUUGGAUUGCACCAAUGAAUUUCCCCCGAUCGACGAGGAAGUAGUCGCUUGA